CGAUCGACGCAGCGGCGUCGCAGCGCCGCACGGAAGACAAGAGCAGUAGUGGUAUAGCCGCUCAGGUUCAGCGGUCAGUUCGUACCGGUCAGUGGGCCAUUCAGCAGCAUGAACAACCAUCAGCGCGCCGUGGCGGACUCGCAGUCGGUGUACUCCAUAACCAGCGAGAAGAAUCUAGUCGGCGUCAAGUCCAAACGAUCUUUCUUUAAAAAGUACAGAAAAAAAGGCCCGAUCUUCAUCACCCUAGCCCUCGUGAUAACUGCCCUGUCGAUAGCGGUGGUAGUCCUGUCUGUUUUAUAUGCCAAGUUUACUCAGCGUAUGGAUUUGUGCGACAAUGAAGACUGUAUGCGCAUAGCGGCGAGUUUUAAGGAAUCGAUGAACACUUCCAUCGAUCCCUGCGACGACUUUUACAUGUACGCAUGCGGCAGAUGGCCAGAAGCCCAUCCGUCCAUGGAUCUGAGCCAGGAGCACAGCUGGUUCAGGGAACGGAGCAUACGCGUGUCGAGGCGGAUCAGAGAUAUGCUGAUAAAAAAUAUUACCGGCGACGAUGUUCCCUGGGCCGUUUACGAGGCUAAAACCCUCUUCGCGAGCUGCAUGGACGUGGAUGCCAGGGACGAGUUGGGAAUGAGUCCGCUGUUCGAUCUCCUGGACGAGUUGAGUCUUCCGCAAAUUCCCGCGGCUAUAACGAAAAAUACCUCGGACUUUGUGCUGCAAAUGGCGAAGGUCAAACGGGUGCUCUGGACGGACGUGUUUUUUGGGACCUACAUAUCGGCCGAUCCGAGGGACAGUAGCAAGAAUCUGAUAGUUAUCGAUCUUCCAGAAAGAGAGAAUCCUUUUCCCAGUGAUAAAAUAUUGGAAAAGCGAUUGAAACUGAUGAAGCGAAAGGCCCGGAGAAUAGUGGAAGACGAGGACACGAAGAUCUUCUCGUCGGCGGAAAAGGUCUACAUGUCCGAGGUCCUGAAGCAGAUCAUAAGCAACGGCACGACCGAUCAGAGAUCCUGCAAGUCUCGAGGGCCUUUUUCCAUUGUCCCCGAGGACGAGAUCCAGGAUACCGUCGAUCGGGUGUACAAACUCAGCGGCGUGUUUUACGCGUUGGCGAACUCCGCGGAAAAUCAAACGAUAGACGACGACGACGACGAAGACAUCCAGGACAGCGACUACAUGCUUCUCGACGAGCUGCAGCGCCUGACCGACGAGUACGUGAAAGAGGUGAACGACACCCUGGAGCCGAAAGUCUUCUGGAAGCCCUUCGUUCAGGAACUGCUCAGAGGAAUAGUGGAUUUCGAUCCGGAGAUGAAAGUUUUGAUCGGCGACCUGGACUACCUGAAGGAGGUCGCCGUCGUUUUGGCUUCCACUGAAGAUGAACUGUUAGAAACCGCUAUCUGGUGGACCGUCGUUGAUUACAGUGUGCCUUACUCGUCCCAAGAACUGAGAAAAAUUUGGAACGCUUACAUAGACGAUCUCACGGGCUCAAGCUCCGAUAGGUCGUGGUCCGUGUACUGUGCCGAGAAUGUAAACGAGCUUAUGGGUAUGGCGGUGGCUUGGCUCUUUGUGAAUCCCUCGUUCAUAGACGACGGUUUGAGCGACAAAGUCAGCGAGAUGCUGGAGAACAUAAAGCUGUCCUUCUCGACUUUCGUCACGAGCAUCGACUGGAUGGACGGCCGAACGAAAAUAGCCACUAUGGAGAAGAACCGGCGAAUGAAGUCUCUCAUCGGAUUUCCCGAAUGGCUCUUCCAAGAGGGCGAGCUCGACUCCUACUACGAGGGCCUGAACAUGUCGUCCUACACCUACUUCGACAACAUGCUGCAGAUCUUGCGCGUUAAAAAUUCCAACGGUUUACUCGAUCUGGCCAACAACGAAACCGACGACGACGACGACGAGUCAUAUUGGCCACUCGAACCCACGGAAGUCAACGCUCUGCAUACAUUUCAAGAAAAUCAAAUAGCUAUUCCCGCUGGAAUCUUGCAAUUUCCGUUUUACGGAUUAGGCCUCGAAGCCCUGAAUUACGGAGCGAUAGGCACGAUUCUGGGUCACGAGCUAACGCACGGAUUCGACAACAGCGGACGGCGUUUCGACAGCCGAGGAAAUCUCCAGCAGUGGUGGAGCAACGAGACGAUCUCAAGGUACACGGACAAGACCACCUGUUUCGUCGAGCAGUACAACGAGUACUACGUCUCGGAGGUGAACGAGUACAUCGACGGCGAGCUGACCUUGGGUGAAAACAUAGCGGAUAACGGAGGCUUGAGGGAGGCCUAUCACGCGUAUCAGCUGUGGAAAGCCAAGCACGGUGAGGAGAGAUAUCUUCCGGGCUUCAGUCAUAUCUCGCACGAUCAGCUGCUGUUUCUGAGUUUUGCGCACAUGUGGUGCGAGUCGUACACGACCACAGCCUUGAAAUGGAUGCUACAAGAUCCCCACUGUCCGGGCCACGUGAGGCUGAAAAUGGUGCUUCGCAACUCGGAACACUUCAGCAAAGCCUGGAACUGUCCCGUCGGCUCGAACAUGAAUCCCGUGAAGAAAUGUCAACUGUGGUGAAGCCGAGCUCUCUCUCUCUCUCUCUCUUACACGCACUGACAGGGACCAAGAAAAAAGAAGCGAGAACGAGUUGAUUUUUUUUAAUAAAAGAAUUUUAUUUACGUAAAAAAAAA